GUGCGGCGCAGCGGUUCGCGAGCUCUCCGCUAGGAGCGUGACAGACGCUGCGUGUCUCGUCCGGCGCAGCUUUCGCUUCUUGUUUGCUUGGACGAGAAGUUGCUCGCUCGCGUCUCUGCGCCAAAUGCGGCUCGGAAAGAUCGUUUCCCUGCACAAAGCGGUCCUCAUUUGCGCCAUGAGGAGGUGACGUCAGCGAGGCGGUGCCAUCGGGGCAGCAGCUAUGGAGCCUCGUGGCAGCAUCUCGGCGCCAAAUGGUGGCCACCAAAUGGCAGGCACCACUACUACGCACCACCAGCACCAAGGCGGUUGCUGCGAUGCCACUUCUUUCUACUUAGGCGCCACCCUGUUCCUCAGCCUUGGAUCAGCACUUUGCCUGCUGCUAGCGUUCCUCAGCGACCACUGGGAGCUGGUGCUGUACGACGGGGAGCACGUGGCCUCGCUUGCCCGGCAGAGAGGCAUGGCGCUGACUCGCUCGCGCAACGUGCUCCGCCUGGCGGACGGUGGCGGCGUCGGUAGAGUGCAGCCGCCGCCGCCGCCGCCGCAGCGAGAAUCGGCGCUCUUCCUGGUCAACCUCAACGGCGGGGUGCACCGCAUCUGCGCCACGCUCGACGGGGACGACCUGGCCUUUCUAGGCAACGAAGCCAAGAGCGCCCCUGGCGGCUGCAUCUCCUACUACUCGUCCUCGGAUGAGGAGCGCAUCUCGAGUCUCGUCGUUCGCUCGCCCUGGCUUGACAAAAUGAAGAACCUGGCCAUGUCGUGCUCCCUGGUCAGUUUGAUCCUGGUCGGUGCUAGCGCUCUGGUCGGUGGCUUCGGCAUCUGCAAGCGCCAGUUGUCCGCCGUCAUGGUCACGGGAGUGAUGUUCAUUCUCGCUGCGGUGUUCGCCACGUUCACGAGCUGCUUCAUGCACUUCAAGCGCACCGUGCCCCAGGGCGUGCUGACGGGCACCGACUUCGACCAGUCCCUGCCUGCGGAGUUCCUGCGCUGUCGCCGCUUCGCUCGUGACUGGGCUGCCUCGCUCUCCUGGCUGGGAAUCGCCCUGUGCCUGUUCACCAGCGUCUUCUGGCUCAUACUGGCCAGGAUCAUGCGCUUCUGAAGGAGGCACCGACGGCCCAGCAUCUUGCUCACGUGGUCCCUCUCGGCCGUCCGCUUUAUUCUUUCGCUCGGACCAAGUCGUCGUGGACCCGAAACGAUACCGCGCCCGCGGUGAACGGAGAACGCGUCAAGCUCUCGGAGAGUAAUUGAGUCGCGCAGUGAACUUCCGGGCCGUAUUGUCAAGCGAAUACUUUCGCUCUCCUUUCAUUGGCUCAAUGAUAAGAAGCCUACUUAACGACAUUAACUAUGAACGGGUACACUUGUAGUAGAUAUUGUUGCGGACGAUCGUUUUGAGUAUCAAAGGGAAUGAUUGUCAUCCACCUGGCAGUAGCACCAAUCCACGAAGGAAACCCACACGAGUGUCCCAGAAAAAAAAAAAGCUUCGCAUUUGAAGGAGAGAUCUUCGUGGUCAACGGAUAGAGCUCGGGAUCGACGCCUUUCCUGAGUGGUCUGUCAUCUCUACGAUUUGAGCUAACCUGGAGCCUUCUGGUUAGCUCAGAUGGUAUAUAUUUGAUUCUGAAAAAGUCGUAUGGUUUUCCUUUGCGUCUUCUUGGAGCUACAGUCCUGUGAAUGCCAAUUUAGUUUUCCUUUCGUGAACCUUGCUCCGUCUUGCGGGCCUCCGCAAAGCUGAUUUGCUACAUUCAGCGCAAUUACUUGUGACACACCUCGAGAGCCUUGCAAACAUGCCUGCUCAGUGAUAGUGACUACGCGUGAAAGCUGCUUUCUUAGCAACAAGAAGUUGUAUGUGGGGAAGCCCACCUCAUGUCGUCUCCUGCGUUUUAAAUGUGGCGUUCUGUAUAUUAAGUGUGUGUUGGGAGUGUGUGUACGCCUAACCGAUAGUGUUGCCGUAGUAUGGUAAUCGCCAUUUUGAUAAGCAAAUGUAUAAUAAUUAGAGCACGCAAGGAGGAAUUGAGCUGAUCUCCGUAAUUAGAUGAACAAUGCAUCAGUUUAAUUCGGUAACUGCUAAAUACCAGCUGCCCUGCUCCCGUUCCUUGGUUAAUAAAUCACGUGUUUAUCAAAGGAGCAUUUAAUAUUACAUCGUGUCGAAUCGAGUAGGCUCGUGGUAAUUUUAGUCAGACUUCUCUAGUCAUGCAAGUCCCCAAGCCCCGUUUCAAUCUCUGGCUAUGUUGAAGGUGAACGUGUAGUGGUUAAGGGAUUAUGCUACAACUAUUUAGGCGGCAAUAUGAAACUUAUUUCUGUGCGUCAUUGUUUACCGCCUGCUAAAAGUAAAUAAAAAAACGCAAAGCCUGUUUUAAAACUUGUAAUGAUUAAAAUGCGGUUCAUGUUGUAUUGCGUACUGUUCGUUGCUAGAACUCUUUUUUUUUAUUUUUGCUCGGCAGAACUUUAGUUAGUUUUCUUGUCUCCAGAUGACGGGAAUUUCGGCCGAUGGUUACACUUUUGAUUAAUCAGCUUGCCCAGGUUCGGAAACCUAGAGCUUGGGUGUAUUUUUGCAACUAGUAUCAGGUUUGAGUGUCUAGUUGCGACAUGGCGACAAGUUGCUCUUUCAAAUUUUCAUUUACUGACGCUCAUUGCAAAGGGACGAGCAGGCACAAAGUUCAAGUCUAGCAGUAAUCUUAUGAAGGUGUACUGUAAGGACGAAAAGGUUGAAGGGCCUCCUAGCGCUGGUAUGUUCGCUCCGUAACGUUCGAUCUUAAACUGUGCACAAAGACAUCCUAAUCUCGGGUGUGCUCAAGUGGGUUGGUUGGUUCAUGACGAAGCGGGUACUGGAAGGGGACUCUACUGGAUGCUCAAAUUAUUGAACUAUCCUUCUACAUCUAGUAAAAAAUCAUUGCUCUGCAACUUAGCACACCGUCAAAGCCAACUCACCCAAGCGAUUCUUCUUUGCGAAGCACUGAGUAACGCGGCAGAAACUUGGAAACGGCGGUAGCGGUGAAUUAUAGCGCGCAUGAAAACACAGCCUGUGGCACAUGCACUGCAGAUUACGUCGUAACGCUAGCGGUUGCCCGUUGCUGUAGUGAGACCGCGUGUUGGAUAUUAUACGUCAUGCGAAAGUGAAACUGCCGCUCAAGGUUUGAGAGACAGAAACAAAGGGGGAAGGCAGGAAGGUUGACCAGAAUGAAAAAAAAAAUGGUUUUCUUUCCUACACUGGGCAACGGUGUAAAUAAGAAAAUAAGAAAGUAAAGCUACAGCGAGACAGGCAGGAAGCACAGACACACAAUCACGGUCAGUCAGGAUCAGCGCACACUAUUACAGCACAGGAUCAAGUGCUGCACAACGAACGUCAAUUCAACCUACA